GCAUGGGAGUUAAAACUCACGGUCAUAGUAAGACCAGCAAUUCCCUUAUGUGACUUUUUUAGUGGCAGCUAUGCUGAGAUGAUAUCAGAUAUAUUGAGUCAUAAAACGUCCAUCAUGGCUUUUUUGGACACUCUGCGUCAGUGGGACGAGGCUAUAUCGUGUGUUGACAGACAAGAUUUGAAGCAAGCUCUCGAGAUUUUCUUGUCCAUUGAAGACCCCAACUCCAAAAUCAGCUUCAACAUCGGUUGUCUUCAGCUUGUGGAGCAAAAACUGGACGCUGCUGAAAAGGCGUUUGAUUUCAGCAUUUGCAAAGAUGAGCAUCUGGCCGUAGCGUUCUUUCAAAGAGCAAUCACCUUCUACAAGAAGCAGAGGUUCCAGGAGAGUGUCAGUGACUUCCAACUUGCCCUGAAGGCCCUGAGGGGCAACCAGCUGAUUGAUUACAAAGCACUUGGUCUCAGAUACAAACUAUACGCAUGUGAGGUUCUUCACAACAUGGCCCUGGCAGAGGCUCACUUGGGUCAGUGGGAAAGAGCCCAGAAGAACCUUGUGAAGGCUCUUGAGUACAAGACUGACAAUAAGCUCAACAUCUUGGAUCGAGCCAUGCAGUCCAUCCUGAAACAGAACAUUUUCAAAGCAGUAGAGUUUCCUUCCACUGCGCUCUUCAGACCAAAUAAAUAUUAUGUUGCUCAGCUGGACAAGAAAGACUACCUGGGAAAAGCCAAGGUGGUGGCCUCUGUUAUCCCCCAGGAUCACUUCUCUGGAUUUGCACCGUUACAACCACAGUUUGAAAAGGGACCUGAUACUCCUAAGGAGCCUGAGGUGCUGAGAGCGUUGGAAAGUGAAGCUCACAUCGUUCGUUAUGAGUUUCUUCCUGAGACAAGUGACGAGCUGGCUGUUGUCCCCGGCAACAUUGUGUUUGUUCUGCAGAAAGGUUCUGACAACUGGGCCUCAGUCGUCUUUAACGGAAGAAAGGGACUUGUUCCUUACAACUACCUUGAACGUUUGGAAAUGUCUUUAGGCGCUAAGCAGACGCAGGAAGAAUCUCCGAGUCGGGAACCACCAAGCAGGCCAGAAAGGAAACAAGGUGUUGGAAGUACUGAUGACAUUUCUGUCAGAUGUAACAGCAGCAGUGCAGACGUGGAACCCAAGGAAGCACAGCCUGCUGACAGGUCAUGUAUCGUCAAAGUGUACGGCACCUUCAACGUUGCAGUACGUGUAACAAGCGACUGCACGUACUCCAUGUUGGUAGAGAAGAUGAGUAAGAAACUCAAACGGUCUUCUUCAUCCUUCACAUUGAGUUUCACUUCAGAGGAAAACACUGUUCUAAGCAAAGACACCGACAUGGUGAGUGUGUGGAGUCGCACUCGUAACAGAUGUCUCAAACUGUGGUGUCACAUCAAAGAGUUACAGGAUACAGAGAUGAUUUUUGUGGCACGUCACUCUUAUGAAUCGUCUAAUCCUGAAGAUCUGACUUUUAAUAAAGGAGAUACUAUCACUUUGAUCAGUAAAGUCAAUCAGGACUGGUUGGAAGGAUAUUGUGAAGGAAACACUGGAAUAUUUCCUGCUUCUUUUGUGGAACAACUUUCUAUCAAUCAAUGAUGUUUGCAGAGAUAGCGCCAUCAAACUUUUCUUUUCCUUCUACAGUCUGUUCGCACCACUACCACAUGGGGUCGCUGUUGCAAAUUUCUGUAGUUAGAAUCUUUACAUACAUGGACAGAUUUCAUCAAACUGCUUUAUGUUUAAGUUAUAAAAUAAUAAAUCAAGUGAAAAAUUAAUUUCCAAUUCAGAGCAUGGAAAUACAUCUGAAUGUCCAAAGAGACAAUUAUGUACUGUAGUGUAAUUAUUUACAGUAAUGUGAUCAUGAAGCUGCUCCUUCAUCUUCGUAGGCGAUGGCAAUGCCCUUCCUGCCCGCCACAGCUUUCAUCACAGGCGUUUCUCCCAACUUCUGCUCUAAUCCUCGCCAACUGCGAUUGGCCAGAAAAGAUGCUGCAAAUAAAGAAAGUAUUUGUUGGGCUUUGACUGUAUUACAAUAAUAAACACAUUUUCAAAAUGCA